UGGAGGGAGACCAGAGAAAGACCAAACGAUGACAAUUUCAAGACUGAUACGGUUCGUUGCGACUGACGGGAAGGUCUAUUUCGGCGAAGCCCUGAACGCGGAGCUCAAACAGGCGUAUGAAGUCGUUGGUGAUGUCUUCAACAGGCAUCAGGUUGAUACGACCCAUGUGCUUGAGGUGUUGAAGCUGUUGGCACCUCUGCAGAGAGAACAGAUCGGCACAAUCAGGAUGAUUGGUAUGAACUACAAGAAGCAUGCGGAGGAAAUCCAGCUGGGAAUCCCUGAGUGGCCGUGCCUGUUCUAUAAGCCCUCAACUGCCUUGAACGGGACAUUAUCACCAAUUGAGGUGCCUCAACAGGCCCAGAUUGAAGGUGCUAAGAUCGACUACGAAUCUGAAUUGGUGGUGGUCAUUGGCAAAGAGGGUAAGAACAUCCCUGAGGACCAAGCUUUAGACUUCGUUCUGGGAUACACCGUGGGAAAUGAUGUGUCUCAGAGAACAUGGCAGAUUGAGCGUGGUGGCUCUCAAUUCAACGUUGGGAAGAUGUUCGAUACGUGGGCACCGAUUGGCCCUUGUAUCACGACCACCAAACUCAUCGAGGAUCCGAAUGCCUUGAGGAUCAGCUCUAGAGUCAACGGUGAGGUGAGACAGAACAGCAAUACCAACGAUGCCAUCUUUUCUGUGAAGAAGCUGAUUGCACACUUAAGCAUGGGCACAACUCUGGUUCCAGGUGACUUGAUCUUUACAGGAACACCACAAGGUGUUGGUUCUGGUUUCAGGCCACCAAGAUGGUUGAAAGACGGAGACACAGUAGAGUGUUCCAUUGAAAACAUUGGAACACUACAAAACAACGUUGUAUUUGAAUAAAUCUGAAUAUAAGACAAAGAAAAGAAUAAUAAUACACAGGUUAUUUCACCAUAUAACGUCAAUGGGCUCCAACAGUUCCUUGCACUGCAGGAACAGUGGAAUCAAUCAAUUCCUGUAAUCCCAAUGCAAAUCUAUAAGCCAAAUCAUCCGUUAAGGUGCUCAUGUUCUCAAACUUGUUUUGAACAGAUUCAACCUUUUUGAUGAAGUUCAACAACUCGUGGGUAUCGUAGGUGUUGUUGUAUAGAUGACACCACUUGAUGACUUUUA